AUGCAAGAGUAUGUUCAAUGCGACCAGAGUGUCUUAUACGUGAGUAACCUUCCCACUUCUAUUAGUGAUCUUCGUUUACGAGAAACAUUUUCAAAGUUCGGGCAAGUCGACGAAGCUACGAUCAUCUUCGACAGAGAGACGAAGAAAUCAAAAGGGUGUGGAUUUGUCAAAUUUGUCUAUAGAGAUGAUGCCGUCAGUUGUUAUAAUUAUCACAAAUUCAAAAAGAACUACGUUGUGGAAUGGGCGCGGUCUCAAAUCCACAGAGCUAGCCAAGCAGACAAAUACACAAUUUUUAUCGGUAACCUUUCAAAGCUCCAAGCGACGCAAAAACAAAUUGAGCGCCGUUUUAAUCAGUACGGCGUCAUCGAAAAAGUGACGAUCAUUAAUCGAACAACAGAGACAACGGCGUACGCCUUUGUUAAAUACGACAACACGUUAUCCCCCACCGACGCAAUUACAGCGGAGAACAACUCAAAUUGGGACGGACAAAUCAUCACAGUGGAAUUAUCGGAGAAUUCCAUCCCGACAAAGAAAGAAUCUUUCAAUGCGUCCUCGAUGUCAAUCAAACCGUUGCUCCGCGAGCCGUCACGAGACUUAUUAAAGGAUCAAAAGAAUGCUCGGGAGUCUUCUGACCCUUCUUUCACAUUUAAGUAUCAAGACAGAGGGCAAGAGAAGGACGAGCAAAAGGAGAAGAAAAGGUCGUUUAAAGCUCUUCAUUCGUCUCCUGAUAUGUCGACGCCUCAAUACUCGUCGCAUUUGAGUGCUUUCAAGUCGAGCUCGAGCAACACCCCUUACUCAUUCACCCCCUUCCAAAUUUCGCCUCAUCAAUCCCCCCUUUCCGCCACACGUUGUCAAAAUGUCAACACACCCAAUCUCCAGGGAACUCAAAAAUUCACCGAGUUCAAGCUUUCCCAACAGGCGCAGCCGUUCUUCCCAUCUCAGAAACUUCAUAGACAACCUCUCAAAAAAGACAACAACGGGUUGAGUUGUUACUCCAAAAAAAAUGAGAAGAUUGAGAAACCGGAAAGGUUUGAGAGAUUGACAAAGCAAAUGAGUGACGUGGAACGAAAGGAUCAUAUGAUCCUGGAAAAAGCAAGUAAGGCAGAUUCAAUGCCUGAAAUCCCAUUCCCAGAAUCACUCGCACAAGACGCUAUGCUCAACGACGCUAUGGACGCGCCGAUGAGAAAACUUCGAAGAGAUGACGAUCUCGACCUCGAGUCUCUCCACGACUUCAUGAAAAAGUCUUCGUUCCUGGCAGACGACGACUAA